UUUUCGGGGACAAGUUUAUACUCCACCUAGCGGUUGAGCUUUUAAAGCUGGUGAUGGUCGGUACCCACCGCUAUUUAUAAACAUAGAGUACUACUGGUUAAAGAAUGAGUGAAUACAGAGAGAGAAAACAGUCUUAUACGUCUUCGGAUGAUGACGAUUUUGAAAACUUUCUAUCUAAAGUUCGGACUCCGAAACCAGCACAAAAGUUUCGGCUGUCAACUGGGAGUUUGAAUGAUUUUCUCGUAAACGAAUCGCAUGCGACUUCUACAUCUGAAAACGAAAGUGAUGCCGACGAAGAGUCUGACGGCUCUUCUAUACUACAACCGUUAUCACAGUUGCCAAAUGUCAAACACUACAUACCCCACAAUAUACAGCACAGGACAUUUGUUUCAAAUAGAAAUUUCUCUUCUGCUAGUGACGUGUCUCCAAAAUCAGGAAAGAAGACAACAAUUGCGAAAAAAUCUGGUGCUACUCCACGAAAAACUGUUGUUUUUUCUUCAGACUCUGGUGAAGAGGAGUUUGAUACAAAGCCAGCACAAAAGUCAACUGGCAGUUUGGGUGUUUUUACCGCGAAUCAAUCGCAUGAGACUUCUACACCAAACAACGAAGAUAAGGGUAGAGACAACGAGUAUGAAACUUUUCAUAAACCAGAGUCACCAUUACAGCUGCCGAAUGCAAAACACCACACACCCUGCAGUUUAUAUAAGACACCUGUUAUAAAAAGCGAUUUCCCUUCUGCUAGUGUCAAUGAAGAUUUAAAUUACAGAUCUCCAAUAACAAAAACUAUGACACCAAUUCCAAAGAAAUUUGUUGCAACUCCACAUAAGUCUGUUGUGUUUUCUUCGGACUCUGAUGAGGAGAAUUUCGGAACUCAACAUCCUGUUUUGCAUCUUUCUAAUAGCAACCAUUCUGAUGAAGAACCUCCAUCUUAUUUACCAACUGUAGGAGCCUUUAAACUUCACAAUGUGCCGACACCUGGUAAAAGAGGGAUUAUAUACUCCAGUCGCACCAACAAAGACAAUGUUUUUGAGUCUCCGGCAACUGGAAAAAUAAUUUCAGGACUGAAAAAAAUGACAACUCCCCGGAAAAGCGUAGUUUUUUCAUCAGACUCGGAAGAUGAUAUUUCUGUAGCUCAAAGGCCUGUUGUGCAUCGUUCUAUAAGGAGCAGUUCAGAUGAAAAUGACAUUAUACCUUCUCUUGUUGAUAGAAUUAAACUGACGAAUCUAGAAGACAGUACACUAUGUGGAAAAGAAAACCAACCAAAAAAUAAUGGUGUUAUCGAUUUAACUGGCAAGAGUUUUACCCCUCUUACUUCAAGGAUAUUAAAACCAAAGCAGCCAGAUUCAAUUUUGGACCGCAGGCCCCCUUCUCUUGGAUCUUACAUUACUCCAAAAAGAAAACCUACAUCUCUCAAAGGUUCUCAGACUGAAAAAGUGUUCAGAACAAAACCAAACUGUAAAGUUGAUGGUUGUUUUCUUGCUAGCCUUGAUGCUUUGGUUCCACAAAAUUCAGGGAAACAGUUUCGGCGAAGUGCUGACUCCAUGACCAAAAAGCUAUUCAAAUUGUUCAAUACAUCAGUGUUUGAAAACCGGUUGCCAGAAGAUAUGGAAGUUAGCUGGUCUAAACGGUUGACCAAAACCGCAGGAAUAACAAAAUGCAAGCGUACUAUAAGAACUGUGAAUGGAACAGCUUCAACUACACACCAUGCUGCUAUAUCGUUAUCUGAAAAAGUAAUCGACAGCUCAUACAGACUCCGUGAUACACUGAUCCAUGAAAUGUGCCAUGCAGCUGUGUGGUUGAUCAAUAAUGCUAACGAAAGUCAUGGCCCAUACUGGAAAUCAUGGGCAGCAGCUGCAAGACGUAUACACCCAGAACUUCCAUCUAUUGAUAGAUGCCACAAUUAUGAUAUCGAAUACAAAUACAUCUAUGAAUGCUCAAGGUGCAAAACAACGAUUGGCCGACAUUCAAAAUCUCUUGAUACAACAAAGAAAGUUUGUGGUCGGUGCCGGGGGCCAUUGGUUCUCACGCAACCAAAUGGAACACCCCUCAAGUCACAACCCUUGAACCCUUUUGCAAAAUUUGUUAAAGAGAAUUACAAAUCGACAAAAGUUCGUUUGCAAAGUAUUGACGUGGCGUCGUCACACAAGGACGUUAUGACAUCACUAAGCCAACAAUUUAAGUCUGCUUCUCCUAAUUGAUUUAUAAUUACAGUGGGGUGUAAAGUUUUCUUAUUCAAUAUAUUGACGUUUCCUUUUUCCACCAUUUUAUUAGGUGAUUAUUCAGUAGGUAACUAGGGGCGGAAGUUCCUAAAAAAGUUAUAGCUCUAUUGACAAAUGUACGAAAUAUUCAUAAUAUACGUUAUUGGUUUCGCCGUUUAUUUGCACUAAUAAAAAU